AUUCAAGUGUACUUAUGUAUGUCAUUCGCUUUUUUACAUACUGAAGGGACAAAUAAUAAAAAUAAAAACGCGGUUAUCAUAAAUAAUUUUCUACGUCAACCAGGAUGGAAUAAUAUAAAUGAUGUCGAAUUAAUUAUGUAUUGGGGCAAAAACUAUGAACUGAAAGAUUUAUUUAUUAAACCUGUAACAUUAUAUAAUUGCGAUAAUUGCAUACGGCAAGCAACGAUAUUCCUUGAAUGUUCUUACGUUCAUGAUUUAAAUUUAAUGAUCUUAUCAUUAAAUAAAUUUCAAGAACAUUGUACUUAUCUUUUAAUUUCUGGUGAUGAUAGUGCGCACAAUUGUAAAGUCACACUUUUAACAAAAAUAAUUGAAAUUGUUCCGAUGGCAAAAUAUAUGAAAGGAGCUUUUUAUGCAAUAGAAAAAUAUCAUACUAUUCCCUUGAACACCCAAAAAAGAACUCGUUUUAUUUUAAGCAAUCUACUUACAAAUAUACAGGAAAAUGAAACUUUAUUCUCUACGUUGAGAACCAGUUCGGAUUCAAUAAAAGAUGCUUUGAAGACUAUCGUGAAUACAUUAUUCGAAUGGCGUUAUGAACUUCAUGAAGAUAAAUCAUUUUGUAUUCUAAAAAACUUAAUUUUUAAUUUAUUAUGGAAUUUAUGGUAUAUGGAAUUUGAUACAUUAAGAUAUCAAGGAAAAUACCAAGAACUUUUCAUUUUUCUUAGUGAUAAAAUUAGAAAUUUAAUUUUAAACACAUUUACGAAAAAGUAUAUUGAACUUGGAUUUAAAUAUGAGUCGUCCACAAGUCAGACAUUUUUACCUACUCUACCACUUACUAAUGUCAAACAAGAUAUCGCGCAAAAUUCUUCUAAAAAUUAUAUACAAAAUACCAAUGAAGUACAUGCGCAAGAAGAAAUUCAGCAAAAUGAGACAAAGGAAGACAUAAAACAAGAAAGUAAUAAUUUUAUAAUACACAAAAAUACUUUUAUUUAUUAAUAAUUUGUCCAUAAUUUAUGGAAAUAUAUUUACAAAAU